AUGUCGUUUCGUGGUCCCAGAUCUCGUCCUCGUCAGGAGGAGGGAGGCGGGCUCAACAACUUCCGAGUCUUGGAUCAAUCCCAACCUGAUCCUGUGAAUACUCCGGAUCUGCCACAGUCUUCCAGAACCUUUCGUGUCGCUGCAUUUGUCUUCCAUUUAGGGAUGUCUAUGCUCGAGUCUCGCCGAGGCCGGGAAGCCCUGCGGGCGUUUGACCGUCGCGCUCAGGAAACAUUCAUCCCGAAAAGCAACCUUCAAACGGACUUGAAUGAGGCUCGUCGAUUUGUUGAUACUUUUCUUGCCAAGUGCCGUGCCAAGCCCCCAAACAUCAUCAUUAGUGAUAGGAUCACUGGUGAGGGUCUCGCCCAGAGGGUAGAUUGGCCAAGCAUUCUCGGUUCUCAAAUAGGCGAUUAUAAUCCAAAAUGGGCUGCAAUGUUCCGGCUGAACAAAGCCGUCGUCGACAGUGCAGUGAGCGCAGCUGAGCUACAAGACAUUAGAGCAUUGCAGAAGAUGCUGUUCUUGCUCAGCAUUUCUGUCGCCCAUGAGCUGUUUCAUAUGCUCAUGGGAUUCAUGUUCGGAGAUUCUGAAAGGCUCACGCCUCCUGUCAUAAAUCAUUCACCGGGCACUCCGCGAGGUCCAAGAGCUGGUGAAUCUGGGCGGUACUGGGAAGCGAAGUUCUUUGGCUGCGUCGUUAAAGCCCAUCAUGACCCCCGCGAUCCCAGAGGCAGCAACCAGGCUGGGAUUUUCUUCGGCACCUUGGACGGCCGCCGUAGCUUCUCAAUGCAACACCAGAUCAUCCUGAGAUAUGUUCAACUAGAUUUCACUGUUCCAACUUUCAGCUCUAACAUUGCAACAUCUUCCUUGAACGAAGGCAGAAUCGAGACCUCGCUCGAAACGGGCUGGUAUCAGACGACGCCUUCAUCUCACGCGUACACGUCGCAAUCGGAUACCAGGGCCCUCGACGAAGAGACCAGACGAAAAGUUUGGACUGGCCUUUUUCGCAAGCUGGUGCGCAAACGCGCUGGCAAGGUACAGAUCACACCAGACGCAAAAAAAUGGGUUCUUGGCACCGCUGGGGAGACGAGCCUCAACGGGAGAGACAUUCGCAAUGCAUUACAGACAGCCAUCACCCUAGCAGAGUUUGAAAGCGAAGAAGACCCGGAGUAUGAUGCUGCAUUGGUGAUAGUUGUCGCUAAGGCUCAUUUCCAGAAGGUUCUGGAGAUGUGCAAUCGAUUCCGCAGUUAUGUGACAAGUAUACGGAGGGAAGACGAGAUGAAGCGAGCUCAAGGGCGUGGAGAUCGGAAUGAUUAUGGCAAUGAAUUUGGUAGGAUGUGCUAA